AUGGGCACGGGAGGUGCAGCGCUGGUCGCCGCCGCCCUCGCCGUUGUGGUGGUCACCAGGCUGUGGACGGUGCUGCUCCACCUGGUGUGGCGCCCGUACGCCGUAGCGAGGGCGUUCGCGCGGCAGGGCGUCCGCGGGCCGCCGUACCGUGUCUUCGUGGGCAACAGCAAGGAGGUCCAGGCGAUGCGGGCGGCGACGAGCGGCGACACGCUGGACCUAAACUCCCACGACUACAUCCCGCGCGUGGAUGUCGCUCUACGGCAGGGGAAGGAGGUGUUCCUGGCGCAGCGGGAGCUCCAGUUCAUCGCUUUCGCCUCCAUCUACAACGUGCGCGUGCCGGGCAUGCAGUACGUGCCCACCAAGGCCAACGUGCGCCGCUGGCAGCUCGAGCGCACGGUGCGGGGCACGCUCAUGGCCAUCAUCGGCGAGCGCCUCGCCGCUGCAAAGGAGGCGAGGGGUUACGGCAGCGACCUGCUCGGCCUCAUGUUGGAGGCCAACGCCGCCGGCGACGACGGCGGCAAGAGGCAGCAGGACAUGAGCAUGGACGAGAUCGUCGACGAGUGCAAGACCUUCUUCGUCGCCGGCCACGACACGACCUCGCACCUUCUCACCUGGGCCAUGUUCCUCCUCGGCACGCACCCCGAGUGGCAGCAGCGGCUCAGGGAGGAGGUGAUCCGGGAGUGCGGCGGCGCCGAGGUGCUUCUCCGCGGCGAUUCCCUCAACAAGCUCAAGCUCGUGACGAUGGUGCUGUACGAGACGCUCCGGCUGUACGGCACGUUGCCGAUGAUCGCGAGGCAGGCGACAGCGGACUCGGACCUCUGCGGCGUGAAGGUUCCCAAGGGCACCCUCCUGCUGAUCCCGAUCGCGAUGCUCCACCGCGACGAGGAGGUGUGGGCCGCGGACGCCGGCGCGUUCAACCCGCUCAGGUUCCGGGACGGCAUGGGCAGGGCGGCGGCGCACCCGAACGCGCUGCUGUCCUUCUCCUCGGGCCCGCGGUCGUGCAUCGGGCAGGACUUCGCAAUGCUGGAGGCCAAGGCCACGCUGGCGCUCAUCCUCCGGCGGUUCGCGUUCGAGGUGGCGGCGGAGUACGUGCACGCGCCGGCCGACUUCCUGACGCUUCAGACGUCGAAAGGGCUCCCCGUCGUGCUCAGGCUCUUGGAUCCGUAUAGUUGGCAAGAAACAUGUUGCAGUCCUAUUGGCGUCCAUCUCCAGUUUGACGAUAGUAAUUGCAACGUUUUGUCUAGAAGUCCACGUGGCGUCCAUCUCCGACGUCGACCUUGA